AUGGCGGGCGCGUCGCGCCAGAUGAGCUUCUACAACCACGACGUCGCCGGCCUCACCGACGACCAGCUCGAGCUCAAGGAGGCCGUGUCCAACUUUGUCGCCGCCGAGCUGUCGCCGGAGCGCGCCGCCCAGAUCGACCGCGACAACAAGAGCCCCGAGGGCAUCUGGCAGAAGCUCGGCGACAUGGGCCUCCUCGGCAUCACGGUGCCCGAGGAGGACGGCGGCCUCGGAAAGGGUUACCUCGACCACACCAUCGUCAUGGAGGAGCUCUCGCGCGCGUCGGGCUCCGUCGGCCUGUCGUACGGCGCGCACUCGAACCUGUGCGUCAACCAGCUGCGCCGCCACGGGACCAAGGCGCAAAAGGAAAAGUACCUGCCGGACCUCAUCGCCGGUCGCAAGGUGGGCUCGCUCGCCAUGUCCGAGCCCGGCGCCGGCUCCGACGUCGUCAGCAUGACGACCAAGGCGGUCAAGAAGGGCGACCACUACGUCCUCAACGGCGGCAAGAUGUGGAUCACCAACGCGCCCAUCGCCUCGACCUUCAUCGUCUACGCCAAGACGGGCGAAGGCAGCAAGGGCAUCACCGCCUUUAUCCUGGAAAAGGGCAUGAAGGGCUUCUCGCAGCUGCCCAAGCUCGACAAGGUCGGCAUGCGCGGCAGCGACACGUGCGAGAUCCACUUUGACAAUGUCGAGGUGCCCGAGGAAAACAUCCUGGGCAAGCUCAACAAGGGCGCCGCCGUCCUCAUGAGCGGCCUCGACCUCGAGCGCCUCGUCCUCAGCGGCGGCCCGCUCGGCCUGAUGCAGGCCGCCUUCGACUACGCCACCGAGUACGCCCACGACCGCAAGCAGUUUGGGCAGCGCAUCGGAGAGUUCCAGCUGAUGCAGGGCAAGAUUGCCGACAUGUACACGAGACUCGGUGCCUCGCGCGCCUACGUCUACGCCGUUGGCCGGGCGUGCGACGCCGGCAAGGUCAGCCGACGUGACUGCGCCGGCGCCAUCCUCUACUCGUCCGACGCCUGCGUGUCGGUGACUUCCGAGGCGAUGCAGACGUGCGGCGGCAACGGCUAUACGAACGACUACCCCGUGGCGCGGUUCUGGAGGGACUCGCGCCUCUACAUGGUCGGCGCGGGCACGCAGGAGAUCCGGAGGAUGCUCAUCGGGCGCAUGUUCAACGAGGAGCUGGCCUAG